CAAAAGUCUCUGUAAUUGCGAGAUGGGAAACUGUGCCACCAAGCCAAAGGUUCUCAAAGAUUCCGACGAGGAUCUGAUUCCGGUUGAGCGAGAGACGACGGCUCCGACUGAUCAUCCCAAGAAUCCGGCGGAAAAGAGAGAGAACAACGCUCCGAACGCGGCGGAGGAGGCAGCGGCGGCGGCACGACGGAGCGAGAAAGGAAAAGAAAUUCUGAUUGAAGAUGACGUGGAGGAACACAGCAAACGUCAAUCUCUCAGUCACUUGUUUCUUGAGGAUAAGGCAGUAAAAAAUGAAGUAACCGAUCUAACUCCGACAAAACCAGAGACCAAUAUCAAAACAGGCGCUUCUUCAGAGGUUUCAAAGCUUGAUACUUCUGCUCUGAUGGCUUCUAAUGUCAAAGCUCCAGAAACCUUUGACGUUCAGACUCGAAAUGACCUCGAAGUCAAGAUUCCAGAAGGCACCGAGGUUAAGACUCCUGAUACGCCUAAAGCUAAGGAAGCUGAAGAAAAGGAAGUUAACUUUUCAGAGAAUUGGGAUGUUAAGUUUCCAGAGGAAUUGGAAGCCAAGAAAACAUCGCAAGUGGUUAAGGUUGCAAAAGAGUCUAAACUUCCACAGGUUUCUGCUCCUGAGUUCUCUGAAAUUAAGGUUACAAAAGAGUCAGGUGUUCCUGAUCAGGUCUUGGAAGUUAAGAAUGCUACAGAAAUAUCUGACAUUCCUGCUGAAAUCCAAGUUAUAAAAGAGUCAAAUGUUCCUGAGGUCUUGGAGGAUAAGAAUACUCCAGAAGUUUCUAAAGUCAAGACUAACCAAAUUAAAGUUGCAGAGUCAGAACUUUUAAAGGUUUCAGAGGUUAACUCCUCUGAGGAUUUAGAGAUUAAAGUUCCAAAAGUUUUUGAAGUGAAGACUCCAGAAACAUCGAAUGUUAAGAUAGAAUCAGAGCUUAAGACUGAUCAAGAAGCAUCGAAUGUUAAGAUUGCAGAAGAAACAGAGGUUCCAAAGUUUGUACACGCUCAAGAGAAGAUUGAUAAAGCUGAAGCUCAGAUUCUUGACGACAUUAAAGUGACAGAAGACAAAGGUAUUGUGAUGCCUAAAACAGGAGAAGGAGAAAAGGAUUUGUCUUUUGGGAAGCAAGUCAAAGAGUCUACUACACUGUCAGAUUUAGAUAACAAAUGAGUUACAAGAGAGAUCCGAAAAAAUUACCAAUCAGGAAUAGCUAAAUUAUAUUUUUGAAAUCAAGACUACCAAUUCAUGGGUUCAAAAACAAUAGUCACCAAAAAAAAGAAGGAAUUUAGCAUAUUCUUUUAGGCAAUUUUAA